AUGCCGCUCAUACAGAUCACCGACGCGUACAACGAACCGCUCGACCUGUGGCUCUCCCCGAACCACGAGGGUCAGACGCGGUUCGUGCGCGAGAGCGACAUACCCAAGGCGGUCGCCGACGCCGACGACACCGACGACGCGAAUCUUCUCGAACGCGCCGAUGACGACGACGGGGCCGACGACGAGUCCGCGCUCUGCCUGCCGUGCGAGGUGGAGGACGAGGCGUCGGUGGUUCGCGUCCCCGCGCCUCCCCCCGUCGGCCUCGUGGGAUUGCUCAAGCCCAUCCCCACCGUCCUGCCCCAUCCCGACAAAGACAAGGAACUGCUCAAGGCGGUCGAGGACACGCGCAAGUUCUCGUCCGAGGCGGGGGUGCCCACCGUGUUCGUCACGCGUCCUCCGAGGGACGUGAUAUGCCGCGCCUGCAGGGACGUGUACAGGGACCCGGUCAUCGCGCACGACGGCUUCACCUACUGCCGCCAGUGCGCGCCCAAAGACUUCGACUCCGACGACGACGAAGGCAUCCAUCACUCCACCGUCGAUCCCGACCACGACCCGACGGCUGCGCUCGUGGAGGACCACGACGCGUGGGAGAAGGUUCUCGCGAUGCAGAUCUUGUGUAAAAACGGCCUGACGUUCAUGGACAACGCGGCGGGCGCCAACCGCUGGGUGUACAAUCCCGAGGGGUGCACACAGUCGAUCACGCUCGAGGCUCGAGCCAAACACGAGCUCGACUGCGGAUACCGACGAGCGCGGUGCUCCUUGCCCUACGGCAGACGCGACAACGACUCGUGCCCGGUGACGCUGUACCAGUUCGAGCGCGAGGAGCACCAGCGCGAGUGCCCGUUCCGUUUAGUGAACUGCGGCAUCGAGGGGUGCGCCAAGCGGAUCCAGUUCAACCGCCGAGCGCAACACACGGCGCUCUGCGAACGCAAGGUGUUCGAGUGCGCCAACGGGUGCGGGUGGAGGGGCGCGCGAAACGAACGCGCUCAACACAAGAACGCGUGCGAGCUCGAGGUGGUGACGUGCGGCAGGGAGGACACCGAGGACCCUUCCCUGUUCUGCACGCACCUGGCGGAGAGACGAUUCAUGUCGCCGCACGCCAACGAGUGCGAGUACAGGCCGACGCCGUGCGCGCACUGCAAGCGAAAGGUGAGCGCGAGACACGCGGCGGAGCACGAGAAGCACUGCGAGGAACGCAGGGUGCUGUGCGACGACUGCGGCGCGAGGGUGCUGGAGCGACACCUGCCGGAACACCGGGAGGUUCACUGCGGGAAGGGUUCGUUUCGUUGCGAGUUUCAAAAAUACGGAUGCGCGGAACGCGGGACGAGGGCGGAGUUGGAGAGGCACUGCGCCGACGACGCGGCGCGUCACCUGCGCUUGGUCAUGCUCCAGCUCGACGCGCAGCACGAGAAGUACGCGCAAUGGUAUCGCGAGGUGGACGACGUGAAAGAGACGGUCGCGGAGAGGGUACGAGCGGACGACGAGGUGGUCGCCGCCGUCAACGCCGAGGUGCGGCGGGUAGAGGACGAGGGCAAGGCUGAGAUCGUCACGCUGCGAAGGGGGCUCGCGGACCUCAGGGCGUAUUACGAGGAGGAGGUUGGGCGUCUGCAGGCGCAGAUGAAGCGCGUGGCCAAGGACAGCGACGCGAGGGUGGCGGAUUUACGCGCGGAGAACGCCGCGCUUCGAACCGCGCUGUCGGACAAGAUGACGAAAGAUGAGAUGAACGCUUUCGUCGCGGACGCGUCCGCGUUCAGAGAAACGCUCGAGCACGAAACGGCUCGUGCCAGGGAUGAGAUGGACCGUCACAGGCAGCGGUGGGAGCGGGACGUGUCCAGGGUCCACGAGGACAUCAAGGACGUCCGAGCGAUGUGCGACGAACGCGUCAAGGCGGUUGACGCCGCGGUGGCUAAACACGAGGCUUCGGACCACCUCAGAGUCGACGCGGUGGAGGCGGAGCUGCACGAGGCCAACAAAGAGUUCGUGGACGACCUCGACGAGCUGGCACGGCGGCAGAGGGACCUGGAGCAGCGCUGGCAGGAGACGAACGAGGCGUUGAGGGGUCCGAGGAAGUUAAAGGAGAGCGUGAGGGAUUUGCAGUGGGCGGAGACGAGGGCGCCGGAGGUGACCCGACCGGCGGUGAGCGCGGGGAAGAGCGGGAGCGUGCGGCACUUCGGCAUGGGCACGACGAGGGACGAGAAGGGACUGGCGAGGUCGCGCGCGCAGGGAGCGGCGGCGCUGCUCUUCGGCAAGGGAUCCAGGAUGGACCCGGUGCGAUCUGGCGCGAUGCCCCAGUCGCUCACCACCGAGCAGCUCGUCUUUGGCAAGAGCCGGCGCAACGCGACGAGGCCGAGCCCGCUGAAGCGGUGCCUGUCGCAGGCGACGAAGAAGCGCAACUGGUGCUUCGUGGAGGAGUGCGAGCAUCAGGGGUUCACGCACUCGAGGCACGGAGACCCGUACUUCCUCCCCGCCACGCACUACGUCGUGCACUCGUGGCAUCGCAACUGGGGCCAGCUCACCGAGGCUCUCGAGCGGUUCACCGAGACACGACGGUUGAACCCGAGGGAGACCAGCUUCUUCAUCGACGUCUUCAGCGUCAACCAGAACGUCCCGCCACACAGGGAGCUGCUGCCGGACGCGCUCGCGUUUCCCUCCAUCCCUGAGGACGGACCCGCGGGUGCCGAUCCGUCAUCUUCAUCGUCAACGUUGGACGACGACCUCACCGCGGAGAAGUUCUUCAAGACCACGGUGGACGCCGCCACCAAGACGUCGCUCGCGCGGUGCAACUACCGCGUGGUCGUCGCGCCGUCGUCGUGGUCCAAGCCGCCGGCGUAUCGACGGCUGUGGUGCGUCUUCGAACUCGCGCUGGCAUCCGCGCAACGCGAAUUCGGCACAGCUGGCGAUACAGCCGAAUCGGUCCCGAGCUCGCCCACGUCCCCUCGGGCGCUCGUGCCCGCGGAUUCGGCCCCGCCCGGGUUCGAUCUCGCGCUCGUGCGGUCCGAGGAGGCAGACCUCGUCCGCUCGUUCACGGCCACGCGGGAAGGGGACGUCGCGUUCGAGUGGAUCGGCGGCAUCGACGCACAAACCGCCACGGCGACGGACAAGCUCGACGAGACGCUCCUUCGCGAGUACGCGGAGAAGAAGUUUCCGGGUGGGUACCGGUUACUGGACGCCGCCGCGAGGGACGCGGCGGCGUCCGCGCUGGCGUCCGCGUGCGAGCAUAACCUCCGCGAGGCGAUCGACGCGGAAGACGUCGCGACGGAGUGCGACAUGCGAGCCGCGCUGGGAAGGCUGCACGCGUACAGGCGGAGAGACGCUGACGCUUCGGCGCAGUUCGAGGCUGAGGCGGCGAAAAGAUUGGAGGCGGCGGAACGGGGCGGACCGAACGCGCCCGCCGCGGACGCGUCGGCGCGCGCGCGGUGCCACGUGAACCUCGCGGACUCGCGGAGGCAGGCGGCGGCGGCGGCGGCGGCGGGCGGGCUGGACGGUUCGGACGCGCGGGCCGCGCUCGAGGACGCGGCGGCAAACUACUCGACGGCGGUUUCGCUCAUCCCCGAUACGGACCCCAUCGCGUGUACCGCGCUGGAGGGGAAGCUGACGACGCUGCGGGAGAUGCAGAGGCUGAUUCCGCGGAUGCAGGAUAGGGACGAUGACGUGCUGACGGAGUGCAGGAUCGCGCUCGGGCGGGCGUACUUUAGGCACGGGCGGAUGCAGGAGUGUUCGGCGGUGAUGGCGUCGGCGGUGAUGGUCCUCGACAAGAAGCACGGGCGAGACCACCCCUCCACGGUGGCGGCUCGCGACCUGGCGACCCGGUUGCUCGGGCGGGCGCCCAUCGAGGAUUGGGUGGGGGAGGAGACGGGGCGGGAGGUGGAGAGGCUGGGCGGGAGGCUGGCUGACGUGAACGUGUAG